AUGUAAUAAGAACAUUUUUUGAAAAUUGAAGAUUGGAUCUUUGAUUGCUCUGUUAUUUUGGGAAGUGGAACUUAUGGGAAAGUUAUGCCUUGUAGUAAAGAAGGCUAACAACCAAAUGAAAGGUAUUGCGCAAAGAUUAUUCCUAAAUAAAACAUUUAUCUGAGGGAUAAUGAAUUAGAAAAAUCAAUGUAGAAUGAGAGAAACACAUUUACCCUUUUGGAAGAUGUUAAAUGUGAAAACGUUGUUAAGCUUAUUAAAAAAAUUGAAAAUCAUGAAUAUAUGUGUUUGAUUAUGGAACAGUGUGAUUAUGAUCUAGCGAAAGAGUUUGAAUCUCUCAAACCCAAUUGGUAUACUCCUGAGUAAUAAGUAGAUAUGAUUCAAUAAAUUAUAAAAGGAGCAUGUUUUUUAAAAGACAAUAAUAUAAUUCAUAGAGACAUCAAGCCUCAAAACAUCCUUGUCAAAAUCAUGAGGGAUCGAAAUAACAAAGUAAGGAAAAUUUAUAAAUUGGCAGAUUUCAGCCUUUCAAGGACUCUAGAUAAUAUGUAUAAAAAAUCAAAUCUUACCUUGGUUGGUACCUAUAACUACUAUGCUCCUGAAAUCUAUAAUCAAGCAUAAUUUUCAUCGAAGUGUGAUAUUUACUCUUAUGGUUUACUUUUCCAUCAGAUUUUAUUUAAAGGAUAAUUACCAUUUAAUGAAAAAGAGGGUUAGAUGAAGCAUUUUGAGAAAAUCAAAAACUAAGAUUUUAAAUGUCAAAAACUUGAUAGGAAACACGGAGACUUGAUGACCUAUCUUGUUGAAAGAAUGAUUGUUUAUUCUGAAGAGAGAAGGAUUAAUUUUGAAGAAUUAAAGUAACAUAAAAUAAUGAGCUUGAAUGUAGUGAUACCAUAAACGUCUAUCCACAUUGCAAAUUUUAAUAGAAACACCAAAACUGAAAUUCAAAAUUAGGAAAGUUAAAUUUUACAAUAGCAGUAGGAACAAAUCUACAAAAUAUUAAAUAUUUACUAUCGUAAAUCUCUAUUAUGUAAACAUGUUGUUGACCAUCUAAAAUCAAAAUUUUAAUCUCCAGAUCAAUAUUUGCGAACCAUUGAGGUAUUAAUUGGUUAUAUUGGAUUUUAAUAAAUAAAAUAUGCAUUUUCUUUAAUUUUAUUUACUCAUGCUGGCUUAGAAAAAGAGAUUUAACACUAAUUCACUACUUUAAUAUUUUUUUAAUAAAUGAUAAUGGAGUAUUUAAAAGAGGCUUAGAUAGCCGGAAAAUAUUUGCAAAUGAAUUAGACUAUUAAACAAACUUAUCAUUAAUUAGAACCUCAAAUAAAAAAAGAAAUCAAUGAACUUUUAAAGUUGAAUUUAAAAUUGACAGAUUCUCAAAGGUUAAAAUAGGAGUUCUAAAUUUUAGAUUCAAAACUCAAAGUAAUAAGGGAGUUAGAUGAAAAAAACAUCUGUUGCAGUAUCUUGUUUGAUGCACUAAAUGAUUUGAUGAACAUUUAAACAGAUCCACGCAAAAACAUAUUUGAUUAAUAUGACUAAGAACUUAUUAAUCGAAUAGGAAAUCUCUAAAAAAUGUUUCAUAUCGAGAACUUUAAAAUUAUUGAUGAGGAUUAAAUCUUCAAUCCAAAUCUAUUUUGA